UUAAUUCAGUGUAACUAGAUGCGUUAGUUGAAACCUGUUUUUCUGCUGCUGCUGAUGCUCUGGAUGUUGCCGUGUGGCCGUGGAAAACAGCAGCAAAAGACAUCCAGUCGCUUUUACACCCAGAUAACCCAGCCUUUACACAGCAUACAUCAGGAUUGCCAUCCGAAGAUGCGUUAUAAUUAGCCUGGAGAAAUCAUCAGCAUCGUCUGUUGUGAUCUGACACAAAGACAGACGCACUGGUUGGAUUUGGGUUUUUAUUACUGGAGGGACAAACUGAACAUCGUCGAAACGGAUAAAUAAACGCGAUGUCGUCGGAAAAACACGGAUUGGAGGAGGCAGCGGGGAGGCAGUCCAUGUCUCAGCCGAUGAUGCAGAUGGCUCCGCCUCCCUACCUCUCCACCCAGGACCCCAACAUGCCCCCACAUCCUCCUCCACCCGGCUGUGCCCCGCAACCCAAUUACCCCCCUCCCCCUCCUCCUCCUGGAUCAGAGGGGUACCUGCAGGAAACCCAGUUCCACUGCGGCACCCUUGGGCCCCAGGGGGCUCCAAACGGAUACCCGGUGCAGACGCACAGACCAGUAGGCACUGUCCCUCAUCCCCCAGUGGGCUAUUUACAUCCAGGAUACCCCCUUCAGCUGCAGCCAUGCACGGCCUACGUGCCCGUCUAUCCCAUAGGCACAGGGGCGCAGCCUUACAUGCCCAACGGUGCACCUCAUCCAGGUGUUUCCCCCGGCCAGAUGGCCAUGCAUAUGCCAAACGGCAUUGCUCUGAUGGAGUCUCGUCGUCCUCCUCACGACUACCUGCCCAUCGCCGUCCUCACCACCGUCUGCUGCUUCUGGCCCACAGGAAUAAUCGCCAUCAUCAAAGCCGUGCAGGUGCGUACCGCUGUGGCUCGAGGCGACAUGGUUACUGCAGAGAUCGCCUCGCGCGAGGCCCGUAACUUCUCCUUCAUCAGUCUGGCGGUGGGAAUCGCCUCCAUCGUGCUCUGCACCAUCCUUACCGUUGUGGUUAUCAUCGCCUCUCAGCACCAUGAUGACGACUGGGAGCCCUAGAGAGCGCAGCGCGGGACACACCUCCCCAUCCUGACCCCAGGCCAUCAUUCCAGUCGGUAUUCUGCUUUUCUGUCACACAGCACAGUUCUGAUGGCUCAAGCCACCACAACCUAAUCUGCAGUCGAAAAUACGCUUUUACAGUCAUUUGCCCAUGUAUUAGUUACAAGAUAGAUCGACGGUAUGGUAAAUCCGAGUGUGGGGAACACAGAGCAUCUACCUUGUAAGCGUGUAAGCUCGCACUCACAUUAACCUACCUGAACACUUCCUGUUUCUCCGAAACUAAAGCCUGUGUUAGAUCAGUAGUUAGAAAUAUAGUAUACUAAAGACUUGAGUCAUGUCAGGUGUUAUAGUUUGCUUUUAGAAUUUGCCAAAA